UGCUGGCAGACGAAUUCCGGGUCAAGUAUGAUAAUUUCAAUUUUAACGAGAUUGACUUCUCAGCAGGAAUAUUUCCAUAUUUGCCUACAGCCUAUUAAAUAUACCUUAUAAGUGUUCUGCUAAAAAUGAAACAGUGUAUGAGCUUAUUUAUUAAAAAACAUAUACAUUUGUGACAAACGCAGUUACUUUGAGUUCGGUUCAUUUUAUUGCGGAAAAAUGUUAGCAAGAGCAACUUUUUAUCCGACUUUGUUGUACAAUGUUGUUAUGGAAAGACUUACAGCAAGAAUGUGGUAUGAUAGAAUAGAUGAAACUGUUAUACUUGGAGCUUUACCUUUUCGUAGUUUAACAGAAACACUGAUAGAAAAUGAAAACGUAAGAGGUGUUGUAUCUAUGAAUGAGGAUUUUGAACUUCAAAGAUGGGUGACAACAGAACAGGAAUGGAAGAGCAAAGGGGUGAAAUUUUUGCAACUCUGCACUCAAGACAUUUUUCAUGCACCAAGUCAAGAAAAACUAGCUCAUGGGGUUCAAUUCAUAAAUGAUUUUGUUGGAACCGGAAACAGCGUUUAUGUUCAUUGUAAAGCUGGACGAACGCGAAGUGCAACAUUAGUUGGAUGUUAUUUGAUGCAGAGACAUAAGUCGACUCCAGAAGAAGCUGUAGAAUUGAUGCGACGUCGACGACCACAUAUUUUAUUGGGGCGAAAACAAUUGGAUGCUCUGAACAUUUUCCAUAAAAAUAAUGUAGCAAAAUAAGUGGUUUGACCUGUGAUUUUCAAGUGCCCAACUUCUUAUUUUCUUCUUAAGCACAAAAAUCUGUUUCAAUUUUGGGAAAAAAAAAACCUCUUUAGAAUCCUUAUUAUAAGAAAGUUUUUAUAUAAAAAGGAAACAAUAUAGUAGUUAAACACAUGACUUUUUAAU